AAUCCUUUGAUUUAUUGUUCAUUACGUAACAUUUGUUCUUCACCAGUUCUUAAAUGCCUACCUAGUGAAAGUCUUGAACAAAAAGAAAACGUUGACAAGAGUAAAGACCGCACAGAAAUUAUUCCUGUAGAGACAUCCAUUCGAUAUUUGAAGUCGUCAUCUUAUAAUAUUACUUACGGUAGUAAUCCAGUUUGGCUUCCAUACCGAAGAAACCACAAAGGAUUGUUUCCCCCUCAUAAAACAAGAAAGACGUGCAUUAGAGCGGGGAAAAUAUCAACAGGAAAUCCUUGUCCAAUUUGUCGUGAUGAAUACUUAAUACUUCAUCAUCAAAACAUAGAAUUACUGAAACAAUUUAUAUCAGAACAUACUGGAAAGAUGGACUCCUCCAAUUUGAAGUGCCAUUCAGAGAUUACUCUGAAUACUAUGGAUCAAGAUCCCGGCAAUAAUCAAUCAGCUUCACUCAAUCAAAAUAAUCAAGAAUAUGAAUGCGUGUUUUUAAUAAUAGGAGGAGGCAUUGCUGGUAUUUCAUGUGCUGAAACUAUAAAGUUGCUUGCACCUCAUGAAAAAAUUAUCGUUAUUUCCGAGUCAGAUUUAGUGAAAUCAACCUUUAACAUCGUUCAUCUGGGAAAGUACAUUCAGUGUUUUGACAUACAAGAAGUUGAUUCAAAAACAUUUGCUAAUAAUAAUUUACAAAUAAUAACAGACAAGUUGAAAAAGGUUGUUAGUAAAGAGAAUGUAGUCGAAACUGUAGACGGAAUCAGAGUUAAAUAUCAGUUUCUAUGUAUUUGUACAGGAGCCCAACCAAAACUAUUCCAGGACAAUACGGCAAAUGAUAACAUUUUUGGUAUUCGCGAUACUGAAUCAGUGCAAACCUUCCAGAAUCGAAUAAAAAAAGGAAAAAAAUUUGUGCUUGUUGGAAAUGGAGGAAUCGCAUCUGAAAUUGCACAUGAAAUACGAAACAUAGAUAUUGAUUGGGUCAUUAAAGAUCAUCAUAUAGCUUCAAAAUUUGUUGAUAAAGGCGCUGCGAAAUUUUUCAAUGAACAUUUAAUGCACAACAGAAAUAAUGAGAAGACCACUACAAUUAUUAAGCGUCUGACUUAUGAAGAGGAUAUCUUAACAAGUCAUAAGAAAGCAGGAGCUGCACUUGGGCCAGAUUGGCACAAAACGAUUGACUUGCCAGAAAACUUUCAAAACAAUCAAAAGUUAAAAGUGUUCUAUGGUUCAGAAAUUAAAGCUGUUACCAAAAAUAGUCCAGCCGAUGAUUAUUUGAUCACAGUUGAAUUGGAUAACGGAAAAAAAUUAAAAACAGAUUUCAUAGUGUCAGCCACUGGUGUCACUCCUUUAGUUAAUUUCCAAUUUGACACUUGCAUUAAAACUAAUAGCGAUGGUGCUAUUAUUGUUGAUGAGUUUAUGAAGACAACAAUUGAGAACAUAUUUGCAGCUGGUGACGUUUGUGAGGCUGGAUGGACACAUUCCUUUUUAUGGCAUCAAAUGAAUCUAUGGACUCAAGCUAAACAAAUGGGAACAAUGGCAGGAAAAAGUAUGGUAGCCGCAUACAAAAAGGAAGAAAUUUAUCCUGAUUUUUGCUUCGAAAUGUUUACUCAUGUAACAAAACUUUUCGGUUUUCAAGUAGUUUUGUUGGGAAAGUUUAAUGGUCAAGGGCUUAAUGACGGUUAUGAUCUUCUCUUCCGAGUGACACCCGAUAAAGAAUAUAUUAAAUUUGUUUUACAUAAAGGCAGACUUGUUGGUGCCAUCUUAAUUGGUGAAACUGGACUUGAAGAAACUUGUGAAAAUCUAAUCCUAAACCAAAUUGACUUAACAGAAUUUGGUGAUGAUAUUCUUAAUCCCAAUAUUGAUAUAGAUGAUUAUUUUGAUUGA